AUGGCAGAAGUUGAAUAUACCAAGGAGCAAGAAACACUCACGCAAUCGAUUGUGAGUAAGAACAACCAUGCGUUCUACGAACUGCUUUCCAUCGAACGAACAGCGUCCGACAUUGAAAUCAAAAAGGCAUACCGAAAACUCGCAGUGAAACUGCACCCAGACAAGAACAAGCACCCGCGAGCAAGUGAAGCGUUCAAACGGAUAAACAGGGCGUUCGAGGUCUUGAGUGACGCACAGAAACGUCGUAUUUUCGACCAGAUUGGCCGUGAUCCAGACGAAAGAGGAUCCCGCGAUUCAUCAAGUAGUGGUUCUGCCAGUGGAUCUUCUUUCCCAGCCGAGGGCAUGUUCUUCAGACGGCCUCAAGCUGGCCCUCCUCCUGACAUCUUUGACUUCCUCUUCAAUUCCCGAGCCGCAGGCGGUGGUAACUCGUUUAACAGCGCUUUUGGGGGAGGACCAUUUGGAGGCGGACCAUUCGAUGGACCCUUUGGUGGUCAUGGUGGUACAACAUUUACUUUUGGUGGACCCAACGGGUUCAAAGUUUACACUAAUGGUGGCCCGAGAGCUCGCCAGACACCUCGGAGUACUCACAAUGCUCAUCAACAGCAACAAGAAGAACAGCGCGAAAUGCAGCAAAUAAUGAGAAUACUAAUACCAAUUUUAGUAAUUCUCUUCCUGCCCAUGCUAGAGAGACUUUUGUUUGGGGCUUAG